UGCUCCCAUCACUCUGUCUGGGAGAGCUAGCUAGGAAGUCAAGGAUGAAGCUCUGCCUUGUAGCUGCCGUUGCGCUCCUUGUGUUCCCUGCAUUUAGCUCGGCUGAGAGUUCAGCUUAUGACAAAAUAGUUGCCCACAGUCGAAUUAGAGCAAGAAAAGAAGGACCCAAUGUCUGCGCGCUCCAGCAGGUCAGUGGAACUAAGAAGAAGUACUUCAGCACAUGUCGCAAUUGGUAUCAAAAGAAGAUCUGCGGAAAGGAUGCGACAGUGAUUCAUGAGUGCUGCCCAGGGUACACGAAGCUGGGAGAAAUGCGUGGUUGCCCUGCAGUGGCUCCAAUUGACCAUGUGUACAACACCUUGGGUAUGGUGAAAGCCACCGCCACACAAAGAUACGCCGAUAUCUCUAAGCUGAGGCCCGAAAUCGAGGGGUCUGGGUCUUACACCUUCUUUGCCCCCAGCAAUGAGGCCUGGCAGAGUCUGGAUGAGGAAACAAGGAACGCAUUGGUCAGCAAUGUCAACAUAGAGCUCUACAACGCCCUGCAUUAUCACAUGGUCAACCAACGCCUCAUGACCAGAGAUUUAAAAAAUAAUAAGAAGUUCACCUCCAUGUACAAUGAGCUGGAGCUUCACAUUAAUCACUACCCCAAUGGGGUGGUGACUGUCAAUUGUGCCAGAGUUAUCUAUGGAAACCAGAUUGCAACUAAUGGAGUUGUGCAUGUCAUCGACCGUGUCAUCAGCUCCGUCGGAAACACCAUCCAGAAUGUAUUGGAGGUUGAUGAAGACCUGUCGACUUUUAUGGACAUGGCUGAAAGCACUGGACUGAUGGAUAUGCUGGGUGAGCCUGGACAUUACACUCUCUUUGCUCCCACCAAUGAGGCCUUUGACAGCCUGGGCGGCGAUGUGUUGGAGAGGCUUCAGAGCGACAAGAAGGUCCUCAAAGAUCUUUUGAAAUUCCACCUCCUGGAAUCAGUCCAGUGCUCUGAGGCAAUCCUAGCCGGCAGCUCUUACGUGACCAUGGAGGGUAACAACAUUGAGAUCGGCUGUGAUGGUGACAGUCUGACUGUCAACGGCAUCAAGAUGGUGCUCAAGAAGGACAUCGUUACCACCAAUGGCGUCAUCCAUCUUAUUGACAGGGUGCUCAUGCCAGACUCAGCCAAGUUGGUGAUGGAACUAAUGGGAAGUGAGCAGUCAACCUUCACUGACAUGGUGUCUGAGCUGGGCCUCUCCGGAUCCAUGAGAUCAGAUGCUGAGUACACUCUGCUGGCUCCCCUCAACAGCGCCUUCACUGAUGAGGUAAUGUCCAUGGAUCAGGAGAUGCAGAGGAUUAUGAUGGAGAACCACAUCCUGAAGACUAAGGUCACCCUGGGACAGCUGUACAACGGCCAGCUGCUGACGACCAUCGGGGGAAAAGUGCUGAGGGUCUUCAUCUACCGCGCAGCUGUGUGCAUUGAGAAUUCCUGUCUGAUACGGGGCAGCAAAGAAGCAAGCAACGGGGCCCUCCAUCUCACCAAGACUUUCCUGAAGCCGGCGGAAAAAAAUAUGUUUGAGAUUCUGAAAGCAAAUGGAGGUUUCAAGAUCUUUUUGUCUUUGAUGGAAGCUGCCGGCUUGACCGACCUGCUGAAACAGGCGGGAGACUACACUCUGUUCGCCCCAAGCGAUAUGGCUUUUGCUGGUUUGAGCACCCGCGAUUUGGAGACAUUUAAGAAGGAUGUACAAGCUCUCAAAACCAUCCUCCUUUAUCACUUCACUUAUGGUAUUUUCAUUGGCGAUGGUUUGGAGCCCAGGGUGACAACACUUUUCAGGUCUAUCCAAGGCAGCAACCUCAAAGUGACUGCAGCAAACAAGACAAUGCAAGUGAAUUCUGUCCUGGUCCCUGAAGCUGAUAAGAUGGCCACCAAUGGAGUCGUUCAUUUUGUCAACCACCUCCUGUAUCCUGAAGAUAUACCCACUGGAAACCAGGAACUGCUCACGCUCCUGAAGAGGAUUAUCAGUUACAUGCAAAUCAAGUAUAUUACUGGAUUCAGAUAUGAGGACAUUCCCCUUACAUCAUUUAUAAAGAGAGUCACACAUGUUAUUGAAACUCCACCCACCAUCAAGAAGGUCACCAGAGUCAUUGAAGGUCAACCCACCAUCAAGAAGGUCACCAGAGUCAUUGAAGGUGAACCUUCCAUCAAUACGGUCACCAGAGUCAUUGAAGGUCAACCCACCAUCAAGAAGGUCACCAGAGUCAUUGAAGGUGAACCCGCCCUGUCCCAGUUGACAAGGGUCAUUGAGCAUGAACCUGUACUCACCAAAGUAACCAGGGUUGUCUCAGGCGACCGGAGAAGAGGAAGAAACUGAGCAUCAACGGAUGAGAACGUCUAUGGUUUGAUUGUAAAGCAGAGACUAAACCCAGUGGAGGAAACUGGUGUUUUAAUCCAGGGGACACAGACAUAAUGUACCUGAUAUCAAUGACAGAAAUAAAACAAUCCUCAUAAACAUUUUAAUGGUGCUUUGAAUGCAUAGCUAAUAUGAGCGUGCAGUGUUUGAGAAUGUUGUGGUUCAGAAUAUAUAUAUAUGCAGUGUACAAAUGAACAUUUUGGCAUGACUUUAAAGAGACAGACGACUUCAGGGUAGCAGUAAAAUCUUUCAACUCUAAGCCAUUAGAGCAGCAGUGAAAGCAGUUCAAUUGUAAAUGUCUCAACGCCAUUAGAAGUGAAUGCUGAAGUAAGUUCAUCUUUGGGAGUUCAACAUGAUAAAGGUUUAAAAGAUCUGGAAACUUUAACUGUUAACGCUUUACUUUCUUUGGAUAGAGGUUGUUUAAGGCUUCGUGUAAAUGUGUCUUUGCUUGCAAUAUUUCAGACAUUGUAUCUAGCUUCAGGUUUCCUCUUUUCUAUUUCCCACAUAUCUUUCAAUAAAGGGCUUUUUUAUAUAAAUGUGCCAGUUUGAAAAAGAAA